AUGUCUACAGAACCUACAUAUACGCUAUCGCCCCGGGGAAUCCGGGGCACCGCCUCUCGCGGCAGUGCGAGAGGCCGAGCUGGACGCGGAGGACGCCCGCGCCUUGAAGCUCCAGAAUCGCGCCGCUUGGCUCUUCCUGCCCCGACCGAAGAACCUCCAGCCCCGUCGAGCUUGACGAUGCAUCCAAGCUCCGGAAGUGCUGUCGACGCCGGAUUGCGGAUGGACGACGACCGAGCCGCGCUGAAUGCCGCGGGACGAAGCGCGCUGGCGAUUUCCGGCCCACGGACUGCGGCCCCGCCUGCUCCCUCCGGGGAUGCGGACACAAGACCGGUGGGGACGCCCACCACCCCGGCGGCGGGGCAACUCACUGCCUUUGCGGCGGAGCCAUCCGCCGCCUUGUCUGCUUCCUCCGGGAAUGCAGACACCAACCCGGUGAGGACACUCACCACCCACGCUAGCGCGCAAGCGCCGGCAAGCCCAGCUGCCGCACCCGAUGCACGAGCGCUGGUGCCUUGGGAACACCCUGGAGAUCAAGCCUCGGGGACAACACAGCAGACGUAUGAGCUUCACCCCGGAGUCGCGGCGGCCUUGGACGCUGCACGCGGACCUCCGCAUGAUGGAGCCCUCGUGGCGCAGACUCAGCUCUCCCGACUACAGCAAAGCGAGUACGCCGAAGCCCAAGUCGCGCGAUGGAGGUACCGAGGCGCUGGAGCGAUGUCACCUCCGGACCUGUACUACCCGGAGCGACGUCACUGGCCGAUGCGGAACUGGCUGAUGGAAGCAAAGGAGACAAUCCGGUACCUCCGCGAAGUCAACGUGUCUGGGGACCCCGAGCGACCUUGGGUUGCGAGCUUCCGGGUCGAAUGCCUCUGUCUGCCCGUCGUCUCCGACAACCAAGCGCGGCUGAUCGACUUCAACGUCCUCUGGCUCGAAGAUGGCUCCCGGGACUACGUCUCGGUGAUCACCAUGUUGCAGGCCAUGCUCUCCGACGCCGGGUUCGCCUUCGUGAAUUUGGUGCCCUCAUGGGGACAGACGCUGCAUCUGGAGUUCUUCAGGCCUCGGGACACGAGGUUCAUCUCGGACGCACUGUUUCUCCGAUGGCUUCUGGUGAGCGAGCAAGAUGCCUGGGACCAGAUCGCCCGGGGGCGCAAGUUCAGUGUCGGACGGGAAGACGUUCCGUUCCAAGCCCUGGACCCCGAAGUUGCAACCGCAUUUCCGGUCGAAGAUGAUGGCGACGCGCUGAUGCUGACGUCCGAAGAGCAAGAGCUGCUGGGGAUGGCUGUUGUGACCAGGCUUCGCUUGGCUCAGAUCCGCCCUCGGGAGUGGUCCGAUACAGACAGCAGCCGUCCCGAGCCCAAGCACCGGCGUGGCAGUGCGGACGCCCUGAUGUCGAUCCCGUCGUGGCCUGGUUCCGACGAGGGCGCUCGAGUUUGGGGAGGUCCUCUACCUGAGGUGGUCGGCUCCUCGAGCGUGGCGUCUGGAGAUGCUCCCAUGCUGACUCCCGACGAGAACAUGUCGUCCGCGGGCGGUGGCUGCCAGGACUCCCCGGGCUUCGGCCCCGCAGGGGCCACAGCCAAUGUUUUCGUGGCAACGGCGGGCACUGGUGGUGAAGCUGCGCCGACGAUGGAGCAGCCUACGGUGUACGUCCCGGUCGCCGCAUACCCUCCGGACUUCGCGCAAGCGCCGUCGCCAGGGGCUAACGCCCCGCUGCCCGCUAAGCUUCACGAUCACGAGCUGGACGAGGAGCUGAAGGCAGAGGACCAUGGAGCGGCAGCACAUCCGAUGGCACGACAAGUCGACGUGACCGACGAGGAGACGAUGGCUCAUCACGCCCUGCGCGAAGCGCAACGUCAAAUCGUCGAGCUUCAAGCAGCCAUGGCAGCUCGAGAUGAGUAG